UGCUUAACGUGGAUGGAAAAGUUACCUUAACCUUUGUAAUCGACAUCAGUGGAAGCAUGAAGUCAGAGAUCCCUGAAGCUACAAAKAUUGUUGAAAAUAUUGCUGGGUAUACAUCGAUCGCCAAUGUCGACUAUAUUUUGUCAACAUACACUUCAAAACCCGAAGGAAGCAAGGUCGAUGGUAAGGUUCAAAAUUUUGAUGAUCGCAAAAAAUUCAUAAAUGCCCUGAACAGACUUGCUAAACGUAAGUAUCGUAGGGAGAAAAAUGACUGCCAAGAACCAACGUACACCGGGAUUAUCAGAGCGAUCACAAAUGGCUAUCCACAACGUGGUUCUCCUAUGUAUGUCUUUACUGACGCUCCUCCAAAAGCAUUAAGAGAUUUUACCGCUGAUAACGCCAUAUAUCAUGCACAGAAGAAUAAGAUUCCUGUCAGCUUUUUCCUAUCCAAGCCUUUUUGCGGGCCAAAAACAAUGGCCUCCUACAGGGUAAUAGCAGAGGCUACUGGAGGUUUAGUUCUAACAUUCAAAAAGGGUUCAUCCAUGAAACGUCUACAACGAAUGAUCAAAGGAAGUCUUGACGGUACUGCAAUCGUUGCAAGUGAUAGAAACAACAGAAAACGAGAAAUUCGACAAUAUGACAAAGCCUUUUAUAUUGAUGAUAUAGCGCAAGAGGGGACACUUGAAGUUGAAGUUAAAGAUACUGUAGCAGAUCUGCKAACUCCCAAAAAUGUCCAAAUAUAUCCUGAAACAGCGGACAGUAGCAGCUUAUUCUGGACAAUUCUUAGACCACCAAAAGGAACAUGGAGUUUUAGUUCCCAAGCUACCGAUAUGGAUUUUGAGGUWAAGUCACAAUCAAAGUUGGAUAUCACCUUGCAUUGGAGAUUCAUGAAGGGUACAAACUUUAUAGAUCAYCCUUUGAUAGGAGAGAAAGCCAAAGUCGAAAUUGAAGUUCCAAACAUCUCCCGGUUGGAUAAAAAUACAUUGUCUCUUCCCAAUGACUGGAUACUCUURACUYAUAACAACGAUUUCUACACUUACGAAUSUAAGGCUCCACUUUCAGAAGAACAUUUCAAAAUACCAAUGAGAGGCAAAACUCUAUCAGGAUUCAAUUUUACAAGAGAGUCGUACGUUAUUCAACCCAAGAUUGCAGUCAUCACGUCUCUUAUCAAGCCCUGGUUUUCCCCCGAAGUUGGUAAAGAGUUCCAAUAUAGAGCCUCUAUUAGCUACGCCAACGCCCAGCCCAUGACGUUUCGAAUAAAACUUGUAGUCAAUUUCGGAGGCGACAGGUACAACGACGACGCUGAUAAUUAUGAGGACAUAACUUUAUCAAGGGGAGAGAAAAGGGUUUCCUGGAACUUGACUGCACCUACUAAAGGUCAAUUCAAUGCAAAGAUUAAAUUGAAGACUGAUGAUGUGGAGAUCAAUUUUGAGGAUGGGCCCUUCCUCAUUAAGGAAAACUAGCUCAUGAUCUCCUAUAAUGGAUACACGCUCAAUAAAACGUAAAGAAACUAGACUUUUCAAUGACAGUACAGUACAGUAGGAACAGAGAAUAUUGUGUAGAUAAAAAAAAUGUAGCUUAAGUGGAAAUGUAUUAAAACUUGCCACAAGCAAUAAACAUGAAGUUGUGUCUGAAAGAACAUACCUUUUACGUCAUGUACCGUAUACGCACUGUAAGAACAUUUAGA